GUUGGCGCUAGGCGUUGUUGCGGCGGCAGAAGGUGAGAGGGGUAGCGACUGGCCUGAUGGGGGAUCCAAAACAUCUCAUUCAAACUGACACACAACAUCUCCAUUGGCAACAGUCUGUGAUAAUGCUUUGAAAGCUGCAAAAUUGGAACUAGCUGCAUCCAUUGUGCUCCUUCCCCCUGUUAGGAAGCAUAUUCUUGUCAUAUUUUGGGGUUGCUCUUAAAUUCAAGAUGACCCGACUUCGGCAGUUUGGCCUACUUCUUUGGAAGAAUUACGUGUUGCAAAAGCGCCAAGUAUUGGUCACCAUCGUUGAGAUAAGCCUGCCACUUAUAUUUGCUGCAAUUCUUAUAACUCUAAGACAGCGAGUUAACUCUGUGCAAUAUCCAAAUGCAACCACAUAUCCUCCAUUUUAUAUUUAUGAUAUUCCAUAUUUCCCCCAACACCCUACAACCAAAUGGAGUUUGGUUUACAUUCCCUCCAACGUGACUGCAGUGGAGAGCAUUGCAAAGCUGGUGAAAGACAGUCUGCGGAGGAUUGUUAACAUUGUAGGUUUCCAAACAGAAGCUCAGUUUAAUGAAUUUAUAAGAUCGGAAAACAAGUCGGCAAAGAAAAUUCUGGUAGCUCUUGUAAUCGACCAUGACUUUAAGCAUCAAGAUGAGCGUUUACCGCUGCAGCCUUCAUACUGGCUUGGGAAGCCAAGAUCUGAAUACAUCAAAAUAAAUAAAGAUGAUGAGGAAGCAGACAAACCACUAAAUACUGAAUACAUGGAAGAUGACCCAUUGGAUAUUGAAGCUGGCAUCAAAAUCAAAGACUUGACCAAGGUGUUUAAAGUUGGAAACCAGAUGAAGAAAGCAGUUUCCCAUUUAACCAUGAACUUAUACAAGGGACAAAUCUCAGUAUUGCUGGGGCACAAUGGCGCUGGAAAGACUACUACUCUGGCUAUGCUCACAGGUCUGUUCCCUCCUACAAGUGGCACUGCCUACGUCAAUGGGUGUGAUAUCUGCCAGGACAUGCCACUCGUUCGCCAAAGUCUGGGACUCUGUCCACAGCACGAUGUCCUGUUUGAUAAUCUAACUGUAGAAGAACAUCUGUUAUUUUUUAGUGGGCUAAAAGGCUGCCACUCUGGUCAGAUACGUGAAGAGGUAAACCGGAUGUUAAGCAUGCUGAAGUUUGAGGAUAAAAGAAAAGCAAAGGUCAAGACUUUGUCUGGUGGAAUGAAACGGAAGCUCUCCAUCGGAAUUUCUCUCAUCGGUAACUCUAAGGUUGUCAUGUUGGAUGAACCAACAUCUGGUAUGGAUCCACUAUCCCGCAGGUCUGCCUGGGACCUUCUACAGAACCAGAAGUAUGGCCGCACUAUCCUGCUUACCACUCAUUUUAUGGAUGAAGCUGAUCUCCUUGGAGAUCGUAUUCUGAUCAUGGCCAAUGGGCAGCUUCAAUGCAGUGGAUCGUCACUCUUCCUCAAGAACAAGUAUGGGGCUGGGUACCACAUGGUGAUUGUGAAGCAACCUCAUUGUAAAGUCGCUGACAUUACCGCACUUGUGAAGAGCCUCAUUCCCAAAGCAGACAUGCAGACCAAUGCUGGUGCUGAACUCUCCUACAUCCUCCCGACUGAAAGCACUGACAGGUUUGAAGACCUUUUCUCACAACUUGAAAUGAAGAAGAAGAAGCUGGGAAUUGCCAGUUAUGGAGCUUCAGUCACUACCAUGGAAGAGGUGUUUCUAAAGGUGGGGAAGCUGGUGGACUCCAGCAUGGACAUUCAGGCAAUCCAGCUGCCAGCAAUACAAUACCAGCAUGAGCGUAGGAUGAGUGACUGGUCAGUUGGAGAGAAAACCAGCCUGAGUGACUUGAUGGAAGACGCAGAUAACAAUGAGAGUCAUCUUCCCAACACCUAUUCUUCUAUCAAACUGAACACAGGGAUCAUACUCUAUUUGCAACAGUUCUAUGCCAUGCUCAUGAAGCGAGCAACAUACACCUGGCGGAACUGGAAGAUAUUCACAGCCCAGUUUAUGGUACCACUGAUUUUUGCCUGUUUUGCGUUGAUUGUUGCCAAGACAUUUCCGGGGCCUCAGGAUUCACCUCCAUUAAAUCUGACUCUGGAAAAAUAUGGAUCUACCAUUGUUCCUUUUUCAUUGAGACCUGACUCCCGGAACCUGACUAAAAAAUUGUCCCAGGCUUACAAAGAGGUGUUAGAAGCGCAACUGGGCAUCCCAAUACAGACAGAAGGUGAUAUUAUUGAUUAUCUGUUGAAUUCUUCAAUUAAAGAAGGAUCUUCUUUUAAUGAACGAUGUGUGGUAGCUGCAGAUUUCCAUGACACACUGACAACUGGAACCAGGAUACGAGUUUUAUUCAAUAAUUUGGGCUAUCAUACAUCUGCUACUUCCUUGAUGUUAGUGGACAAUGCCUUAUUCAAGAUUCUGGUGGGACCAACAGCAUCAAUCAGUACCACCAACUAUCCACAGCCCCGCAACAUUACAGAGCAAGCAAUGGAACAACUGAAUGAAAAUAGGACAGGGUUUGCUUUGGCCUUCAACUUGAUAUUUGGCAUGGCCUUUCUGGUUAGCACUUUUUCCCUGUUGUUGGUAUCGGAGAAAACCAUAAAAUCCAAGCACAUUCAGCUCAUCAGUGGCCUUCAUAUCAUCAACUUCUGGCUGUCUGCUCUCGUCUGGGAUCUGAUUAACUAUGUUAUCCCCUGUGUUGCAAUCCUAGUGAUGUUCCAGAUCUUUAAUCUGCAACCUUUCACUGUGCAGCAGCAUCUUGGAGAUGUGUUGAUACUUCUACUCCUUUAUGGUUGGUCCAUUAUCCCUACCAUGUACCUCUUCCACUACUUCUUCGAUACACUUGCUACAGCCUACACCAGAAUCACCAUUAUCAACAUUUUGACUGGCACAGCCACCUUCUUGGCCAUUACAAUUAUGAACAUUCCAGAACUUGAUCUGACAGACCUAGCAAAGAUUCUGGAUGCAGUGUUUCUCAUGUUACCCAAUUACUGCCUGGGACAGGCUAUGAAUGAUUUUUACCAGAACUACCAAUUGAUUACAGUGUGCACAAGAAGCCCACUUGCCGAGUAUUUGUGCGAGGCAUUCAACAUCACCUACCAGACUGAUUACUUAGCCUGGGAAUCUCCUGGAGUUGGCCGCUUGAUUGUUGCUCUGGCAGUCCAGGGCUUGGUCUUUCUGACUUUUCUCCUCCUUAUUGAGUUUAAUAUCUUCAAAGUAUUGUCCACUUUAUUCCAUUAUAUCGUCUGGAGAAAGAGAACGGCUUCAAUUAUAAAUGGCAACAUGCCACAGCUCAUUGAAGACUCUGAUGUCAGGGAUGAGCGUUUGAGGAUAGAGGAGUCAACAGUUUCCCAAAUGGACUGCCCAUUAGUGAUAAAGGAACUCUUCAAGGUUUAUCACAAGGAAUCAACACUUGCUGUUAACAGGAUUUCUUUAGCUGUAAAUAAAGGAGAAUGCUUUGGAUUACUGGGUUUUAAUGGAGCUGGAAAGACAACCACCUUCAAGAUGUUGACCGGUGAUGAGAAAGUGAGCGGAGGGGAUGCCUUUAUCGCAGGUUACAGCGUUUUGAAAGACAAAAAAAAAGUGCGCCAGAAGAUUGGUUACUGUCCCCAGUUUGAUGCUCUGCUUGGUCACAUGACAGGGCAGGAAACACUGUAUAUGUUUGCAAGAUUACGGGGCAUCCCCGAGCACAUCAUCCAGCAGUGCAUAGAUGAUGAGCUCCAGAGUUUCCUACUUGAACCUCAUGCCCGGAAGCUUGUGCGGACAUACAGUGGUGGAAAUAAGAGAAAGUUGAGCACCGCAGUGGCGAUGAUUGGAAACCCUGCUGUCAUCUUCCUGGAUGAACCUUCCACUGGCAUGGAUCCCGUUUCCAGGAGACUAUUAUGGGAUGCGGUGACCAGAUCUCUUCAAGAUGGAAAGUCCAUUGUCAUCACUUCGCACAGCAUGGAAGAGUGUGAAGCACUCUGCACCAGGCUGGCUGUGAUGGUCAACGGUCAGUUCAAGUGCCUUGGAAGUCCUCAGCACCUCAAGAAUAAAUUUGGCAGUGGAUUUACAUUACUGGUCAAAAUCCACGGAAAUAAACCUGAUCUCAAGCCAUUCAAGAACUUUAUUGAAACUACAUUUGAAGGCAGUAUUUUAAAAGAUGAGCAUCAUGGAAUGGUGCAUUACCACUUAACCAGCCAACUCUUGUCAUGGCCUCAGAUAUUUGGCACACUAGAAAGGGCCAAGGAGAAAUACAAUAUCAAGGAUUAUUCAGUCAACCAGAUCUCCCUUGAGCAAGUGUUCCUCAGCUUUGCUCGUUUCCAGCUGCGUACAGAAGAAAGAUCAGAUUAGCACCAAUCAAACUGAGUUUCUGUUUCAACCAUGAACUUACAGGUGCAGGAGCUACAUACCUAGGAAAUUCUAUCUGGGUGGGUGAAAUGAUGCAUUAGAAAUAAAAAGCUAGAGUGAAGUUAACACUAAACCUGAGAGGUCCAGACUGCUGGAGUUAGGUUGGUUCAGAAACCUGUUGGAAUCAAGGGCUUCAAUUCUCCAAUUGUAACCGAGCAGAACAAUUCACUCAGGAUAAGAAAUGCUGCAUUGUCUUGGAAAUUGGCCUCUCGUGCAGUACCUUAUUUUUGUUAUGUUAGUAGGAUUAUAUUAGACUGGGAAUACACGCAUUUGCCGAAUCAUCUUGUUCCAAGACAAAAAUAAAAAUUAUGAAGUGAUCAGAGCAAACGUGGCCAUCAAAAUGAAUCACGUGACCUUGCCUGUGUGUCCCACAUGCCCAUUAAAACCUGCUCUUCCUAAUUCCUUCCUGGGGAUCAAGGUUCCUCUUGUAAAACUGGGUCCCUCUUAAUUCAGGGUUGAAUUCUCAUCCUUCCUCAGCAACAGCACGAUUGACUCAUACUAGUUGAUAGUUUUUUACUAUUGUGAUCUAGUGCUAGUUGUGAUUUGUUACUCGUAAUAACCAUGCUGAAAUUGUGGAUCAUUACAAAUAGUGACACAAACAAAAGCACAAUACUGAAGAAGCUAGAAAUGUGAAAUUAAAAACAGAAAAUGCUGGAACUACUGGCAAGUCAGGCAACAUAUGUGGAGAGAAAGACAGAGUUAAACAUCUCAAAUUGAUGGCUUCCUAUCAGAAAUGUAAAAAAGUUAGAAAUGUGUUACAGGCAUUAAGCUAGUACAGAGGCAGGUUAAUGGGAGAGGAGAAAAAACAAAAGGAAUGUUUGUGAUAAUUUGGAAGGCAGGAACAAUUCAGUGACAAUAGGGAAAAUGGUGCAAGGCAGAAGAGAUGAUAGAGAGACUGGUAAAGAGAGACUAGAGGAGAAGUAAGCAAGAAUAUUGCAAUUAACCCAUGUACUGAUUCUUGCAAUAACUCUGGUGCUGGUGGAGAUUUCAUGCUUGUCAUAUUAAUCUUAAUAGUAAUAGUGAUUUGGUACUAGUAAAGAUCCCUGAUGCUAGUGGAGAUUUGUCAUUAUUAUGAUCAUGGUGUAAGCACUGUUUCUUACUACGAGUAACAGAGAUCACAGACUCACUGCAACCUUCCCUACAAAUGAACCAAAUAUCCAAAUAGAUUAAACAUAAUAGUUCCUUUCUGCAAUGGCUAUAAAUAGCAUAUAGUGACAGACUAGCCUUCUGUGCUGUAAUUAUUCGGCCCAUUGUGUCAGUGCCGACUCUCUGCAAGAGCAUCUCACCAGUCCUGCUCCCUGCUGUUUUUCUAUAGCUAUGUACGUACAUAAUUUCCAAUCGCCCUUGAAAGCCACGAUUGAAUGUGGCUCUACCACACUCUAAGGUGUACAGUCCAGAUCCUAACUACUUGCUAUGUAAAAUGGUUUUCUCCUUGUGUUCCCUUUGCUUCUUUUGGCAACCACCUUAAAUUAGUGUCGUCUGGUUCUCAAUCCUUCCAUCAACUUCCAUAAAGUGAACCUUUAUAAAGGCUCACUUUAUAAAUUGGUUAUUGAUAACUAAACUCAGCCUAGCACGAGCUAAAUUAUUUGCUGAUAAUUCAGUGAAAUCUUUGCUGUUCACUAGAACGUUCAAACCUGGAGACUGAGUAGUCUCAGUUUAUAUCUACAGAGCAGCAAGAUGAGGAAAGGUAGAAUUCUACAGGUAAGUGAGUUUUUAUGAAUGAAAACUCCUCCUUUCUAACCUCAUUGUUGUUAGGAACUUGAAACAAUGUGUGAAAUGGAUCAAACAGGACACUUGUACAUCUUUGGUUGGAAUGAAACCAUGGAUUUAAAAAACAACUUUCAAUUCAAGCAACAUCUUUCUUUGGCUAAUAAGAUCUGCUGCCCUUGGACUGUAUAUCAUGUUGUUUUGAGGGCUGUGCUGUGUAGUCUAAGGUACCAAUCAGCUAGCAAAUCUGAUCUGCUCUGGGAGAUACUUGAAAAAUUUUAAGUGCAAUAUUAACUCAGUGAAGACAAUGUACUUAUUGAGUAUGCCUGCAGAUUCCAGUUACCUGAAAAUGAGCACUAUUGCACCACAGCACUUGUCAAGGUUAUUUCUAUUUAAUUUUAUGCAUUAUCCCAUCCAGUCCCCAUCUUCUGAAAUAAAUUUGUAUUAUAUAUGUUAAAUGGAGAUACUCAAAUUAUGUGAAGUAUACCAGUGGGAUUGAUGGAUGGGACAAUAGUGAGAUAAACUUUUUGAAGCUGAGUUCUGGCCCAAGUGAUAGUAAAUGAUUAAUACUGACAUAUCUUAAAGUUUCACUGUUUAUUGUGUAUAGUCUGAACUCUGCUCUUGGGUAGAAUGGGCUGCAUAAAAGAGAGUCUCAAAGCAUCUUGUACAGGGCUGGAAGUUUCAGAUUUCUGCCUGUUUUGGUAUGAUUCUGAAGUUUCUACUUUUUAAACACAUCAGAGGCCGUUAUCUAAAGGUCUGCUGCCAAAUUGUUUCAAAAAAUCCAAAAUUGACGACAGCUCAUUCUCAUGACCCAGUAUCCCAGGCUAGAUCCUCAACAUCUCCCUCCCCAACAAUGAAAAAUCAGCCCCUUUUGUUCAGCUAUGAGUCAGACAGAAGUGAAACACCCCUCAAAUCACCCUACUUGGUUCAAAAACCUUAGGACUUGAGGCUCAGAUACUAAGUGUUCCAAACAUUAAUUAACCAAAAUUGGAAAUAGAUCUCAGAAUUAGUUGUAAGCAAUGCUGUGCAGUCAUGUUUCAAUGUACGAAUCACAAAGUAAUUAUGUAAUCAGGACUUUUUAAAUAUGUUUUCUAAUCAAUUCAUUCAGAGAUGUUAUCACACACCUCUGGAGCAGGUGGGAUGCAAACUUGGGCCUCCUGACUCAGGAAUAGAGACAUUACCACUGUGUCACAAGAGACACCUUCAGCACUGUUUUCAAGUAAUCAUUAUGACGGUGUUCACCUGUGCCUUUCUGACAGUUAUGGUGCUAACAACUGUCACUUGGUGUGACACUGACUUAGUUUCCUUCAUACUGUUCUAUACCCAAUGAAUGUCAACAAUUACUACAAAACUGUCACUUGCUGUUUGCUGUAUAAUCCUGGAUUAUGAGAUUUUUUUAUUAAAAUCAGCACUUUAACAAUUUUUAAAUCCUUGUUUUAAUGUAUUUUUUGUGUUGUAGAUCCGA